UUAAAAUCCCAUCUCUAAUUGGCAGAAAGGAGAGCGUCUCUCAAGACCUCAUGGACACCCAAAGAGACAUGGAGGAAACCAAGGACAGUCCCGGGGCAGCAGCUGCUGAAGAACCAACAUGUUCUGGAUCACCAUCUAAAGCCAGAGAACGAGUCUCUGAGGCUCGCAGGGAACUCAUCAACAGGCUUGGUGAAGCCUCUCUGAAAGCUGUACUGGAUGGCCUUCAGCAGGGCAUCUCUGGCAGGCCUGCUGUGAUUGGGAUGGAGGAGAAAAAUGAGGUUCUGCAAGAGCACCGUGUGACUCAGGACCAAGUGAGGUGCCUCGUUGACAUGUUGUGGAACAAGGGUGAAUCAGCCUGUCAGAGAUUUCUCUCUCUCCUCGGAGAAGUGGAUCCUGCCCUCUGUGAAGACCUCUUUGGCCCUGUGAAUUCAGCUGCAACAACAGCCAAACAGGAAGCAGACCAACAGCCAGUGUUAUUGAAACUGAAAGAAUGUAUUGUCUCACAAUAUAAGACAGUGCAAGAAUAUAAUGACCUACCAGGACAGGAUGUCUUGCUGACUGAUCGCUACACUCAGCUGUUGAUCAUUGAGAAACACAGAAAACAGGAGGAAAGAGAGAAGGAGAUGCGCAUUAGUGGAGCAGGGUUCUUUGGUGCCAGACAGAAGGAAUAUAAAAGUAUUACUGUGGACCAGCUCUUUAAGCCCGAUGAUCGCGGAGAUGUUCCCAAAGCAGUAAUACUCCAGGGCAACUCUGGACAUGGCAAGUCCUUUACCGCUCAGAAGAUCAUGUUGGACUGGGCCUCAGGAAGUCUCUACCAGGAUCGCUUUGAGCUCGUUUUACACCUCAGCUGCAAGGAACUCAACCAUCUAUGCGAAGACGGAGAUCAGAGUAGUGUUUUAGAUCUUGUAAAUGUUGAGGAGGAAUUUAUCCCACUGGUUCAGAAGAAACUGAAGGAAUCACCACAAAAGGUGCUUCUCCUUAUUGAUGGAUUUGAUGAACUUCAGUUCCCAGUGAGUGAACUCCGCAAGUCUCCUGUGAAAGACCUUUCCACACCAGCUCCUGUUGAUGCCAUUGUGGGCGCUCUGCUGAAGGGGAACAUCCUAUCUGCGUGCCACCGGCUGGUCACCACCAGGCCUACUGCCUCAGACAAACUGAAUAAGCUCCUCAAACGUCCUGUGCGCUGCACUGAGAUUCUGGGCUUCUCUGAGGAGGGCGUACAUGACUACUUCAAGAGGUUCUGUAAAGAUGAGGAGCUCUGGGAGAAGGCACUUGGCAGUGUGAAGGAAAACGAAACUCUCUACACCUCCUGCUUCAUUCCUGUCAUCUGCUGGAUUGUCUGCACUGUAUUUAGGGAGCACAUGGAAAAGCACAUAGAAGUAACUAAUGCUUUGGAAACAACCACCUCCAUAUUUGUCCACUUUGUGAAAAAUCAGCUUGAGCACCACUGCCAGGGUUUGAAUCAUCCCGUGCCAGAUCUACUGAGGAGCCUUGGACAGCUGGCAGAGAGUGGCUUACAGAAGCAGCAGGUUCUGUUCGACAAGGAGAGUGUGGAAGGCACAGUCUCAGAUCUCACUAGUGUUCCCUUCUUGUGUAAAUUCCUGCUGAAGGAGACCGUGGAAAAGAAGGAAAUGUUCAGUUUCAUGCAUCUGAGCUUUCAGGAGUUCUUCGCUGCACUCCACUACACAUCAGACCAGGAUCAAGAGAAUGUCAAGAAGAUGCUUGAAUUAGUUGAGCAACAGGAAGACAAAACCCAUCUCCUACCUGUCAUUCAGUUCCUCUUUGGUCUUUUAAAUGUGAAGGUAGUGCAAGAUCUAAAGAACCUUGGGUUAACCCAAAACCUCUGUUGGGAAGCAUGUCUGAAAGAGUGGGUGGUUAAGCGCAUUGAAAAUAAAGAUUGUGAGAAAGAUGACAUGAUGCUCUUCACUCUCCACUGCCUAUAUGAGCUCCAUGAUGAUGAGUUUGUGAUGAUAGCCAUGGCAGUGUGGGAUAAGAUUUGGUUUGUCAUACCCCUGACGAGGGCAGACUGCUGGGUGCUGCUGUACUGCCUGCAGUGCUGCCCCACCAUCCCAACUCUGAAGCUCUCAGAGUGCAAUAUCACAGCAGAUAAAAUGAGAAUGCUGCAGCCUGCAUUGAGCAAAUGUCAGGAGCUGGGGUUACAGAUGGAUAAGCUGUCAGAUGCUGAUGUUGAUGAUCUGGUCUCAGCUAUGGGAGAAGGAAAGACCAUCAGUGACCUGAGUGUGUUGAACAGCAGCCUGUCAGAUGAGAGUGUGCAGCAGAUCCUCACUGCUGUCUCCAAGCAGAAGAGUGUGGGUAAAGUUGGCCUCCAUGUGAAGACCAUCACCCUCGUCACUGCAGAAUGUCUUCUCAACUUCAUGAAGAGCACACCUGCUGAAGAGGGUGUGGGGUAA